AUGGCCAUACCUGGUGCCAGGGCGAUGCGCAUGCAAUUGCAACCUUUCUGCACCACUGCUAAUUGUAAUCGGUCGUGCCAUCAGGUACAUCGCCGAAAUCAGGAACCUUCGACACCUUCCGUUUCGGCAUCAGCUGACUUUUUGAAGGCGAAGCGAAACCUCUUACGCCGGCAAAAUUACUUCUUUGUACAAGAAAUCGGAACAAAAUCGGAACCGAUGUUGGCUACUAACGACAAUUCGGGAAGUGUAUUCAGGACAUCACUACCAACUCCUAAACAAACCGUAACUUUGGAAGAGAUAAUUGAACUAGCAAGGCGUAAGACAUCUAUUGAUUGCAAGGAACCUUCAUUACAAAAACACUAUGUUGCCGCUGAUGAUGAUAAACUACCGGUUGAGGAACCGGCCAUUCAAGCAUCAGAAGUAGUGAAAGAUAAUGAGUGGAAUAACGAUGACUGGGCCUAUUUAGAACAAUUAAUGGAAUCCGAUGCCGAUAGCAUAUUGCUCAACGGUGAGCCAUCCAUUACCAUUGACAAUGAUGAUGAUACAGCAAUUGCUGCAAGCCAUCAGGUGUGUUUCAAUGCAUCCUUUUCAUGGGGUUGA